AUGCCCCUGCCCGAGCCCAGCGAGCAGGAGGCCGAAAGCAUGCGGGCCGGCCAGGAACCCACCCGCGAGCCUGGCACUGACCUCAUCCCCGCCGCCCCCAGGAUCCCCAAGAGGUUUCCCAGGCUGGUCUUGCUGGCGGCCGCCGGGCACAGCAGGCAUGGGCUGGGCUCCAGGCCCAAGGGCACACAUUGCAUAAUGUCCCUGGAGAUGUCUGGCCCGGACACUCUCACCAAGGCCCUGCAGAUCCUGCCGGCCAAGGAGCGGAGCGCCGUUCCACCAAGCACUUGGCCUCCUGAGGUGAAACGCCUAAGGCUGGACACAGCCCUCAAGCCCCUGGAGUUCCUGAAGACCCCGUUCGGGGGCCGCCUGCUGGUGCACGAUUCCUUCCUGUAUAAGCAGGAGAAGUCGGUAGGGGACAAGGUGUACUGGAAGUGCCGGGAGCAUUCAGAGCGCGGCUGCCGGGGCCGCGCCAUCACCCGCGGCUCACGGGUGACCGUGAUGCGGGGCCACUGCCACCCAGCCGACCCAGAGGGCCUGGAAGCGCGUCGCCAGAGAGAGAAGCUGCCCAGCCCGGCCCUGCCAGAGGGUGUGGGGAGUCCCGGGACCCCCACAGAGGAGCCCCUGGAGGGCGUGGGCCCGUGGCUGUGCCCCGAGGAGCCAGCCCCUGAGCUGGACCGGCCAGCCCUGGAGGAGGGUGAGGGGCUCCAGGCCCUGUCCCAGCUGAGCCUGCCUCCCAAGAAGCGCCCGGCACCAGAGGCAGGCGAGACACAGCCCCUGGAGUUCCUGAGGACAUGCUACGGGGGCAGUUUCCUGGUGCACGACUCCUUCCUGUACAAGCGGGAGAAGGCCGUGGGGGACAAGGUGUACUGGACGUGCCGGGAGCAUGCCUUGCACGCCUGCCGCAGCCGCGCCAUUACACAGGGCGCGCGGGUCACCAUCAUGCGAGCCCACAGCCACCCACCCGACAUGGAGGGCCUGGAGGCCCGGCGGCAGCAGGAGAAGGCCAUGGAGUUGCUGCAGGCGCAGCCAGGUGGCCCUGGGGGCCCCGCAGACAAGCUGCUCCGAGGUGUGGACAGUCUUCUUUACCGCCGGGGACCCGGCUCCCUCACUCUGAGUAGACCCAGACCCAGGAAUCGCACCAAGCCCAAAGAUCAGGGGCACCGGAAGCAGCCCCCAGCUCCUCAGGGACCCCCUGCUGAGGACCAGAAUGUGGACACGGGUGGCCCCGAGUUCCUAAAGACCCCCCUGGGGGGCAACUUCCUGGUGCACAAUUCGUUCCUAUACAGACGGGAGAAGGCGUCCGGGGACAAGGUGUACUGGACGUGCCGGGACCAGGCCCGCAUGGGCUGCCGCAGCCGGGCCAUCACCCAGGGCUCCAGGAUCCCCUUCAACCUCCUGACCUGGUCUGGCUUCUCCACAGGUGGCCCCGAGUUCCUGAAGACCCCCCUGGGGGGCAACUUCCUGGUGCACGAUUCAUUCCUGUACAGACGGGAGAAGGCGGCCGGGGACAAGGUGUACUGGACGUGCCGGGACCAGGCCCGGCUGGGCUGCCGCAGCCGGGCCAUCACCCAGGGCCCGCGGGUGACGGUGAUGCGGGGGCACAGCCACCCGCCCGACCUGGGCGGCCUGGAGGCCCUGCGGCAGCGGGAGCGGCUCCCCGGCCUGGCGCAGCGGGAAGGCCUAGGGAUGCUCCGGCCUCUGGAGUUCCUCCGGACCUCCCUAGGGGGCCGGUUCCUGGUGCACGAGUCAUUCCUCUACAGGAAGGAGAAGGCGGCCGGGGACAAGGUGUACUGGAUGUGCCGGGACCAGGCCCGGCUGGGCUGCCGCAGCCGGGCCAUCACCCAGGGCCCACAGGUGACGGUGAUGCGGGGACACUGCCACCCGCCUGACCUGGGCGGCCUGCAGGCCCUGCGGCAGCGGGAGCAGCUCCCCGGCCUGGCCCAGGGGGAAGACCCAGAAAAGAUACAACUUCUACCGAAAGUGCAACUGUGCUUCCAGACAUGCUCACCGGAAAGCCAGCAGGUUUACGGGUAA